GCCGUCGCUGCCGCCGCGCUCGCUGGCUGGCCCGGUGCGGGCGCCGGGCUCCUGCCACAGGAGAGAACCACCAGCGCCACCACCACCACUUCGGCCCGGGCCCGGGCCCGGGCACCGGCCCCGCCCCGGGCCCCGGCCUGAGCCCCCCGCCCGGCCGGACGAUGGAGUGUCACUACGAGGCGCUGGGGGUGCGGCGCGACGCCAGCGAGGAGGAGCUCAAGAAGGCCUAUCGGAAGCUGGCCCUGAAAUGGCACCCGGAUAAAAAUCUGGAUAAUGCCGCAGAAGCAGCUGAACAAUUUAAACUAAUCCAAGCAGCGUAUGAUGUGCUAAGCGACCCUCAGGAAAGAGCAUGGUAUGAUAAUCAUAGAGAGGCUCUGCUUAAAGGUGGGCUUGCUGGAGAGUAUCAAGAUGACAGCUUAGAUUUGCUUCACUAUUUCACUGUGACCUGUUACUCUGGUUAUGGAGAUGAUGAAAAGGGCUUUUAUACAGUGUAUCGUAAUGUUUUUGAAAUGAUUGCCAAGGAAGAACUAGAAUCUUCUUUAGAAGAGGAUGUUGAGGAUUUCCCAACUUUUGGAGACUCCCAGAGUGACUAUGAUACGGUAGUCCAUCCUUUCUACGCUUAUUGGCAGAGUUUCUGCACUCAGAAGAACUUUGCUUGGAAAGAAGAAUAUGAUACACGACAGGCUUCAAACCACUGGGAGAAACGAGCCAUGGAAAAAGAGAACAAAAAGAUUCGAGACAAAGCAAGGAAAGAGAAGAAUGAGCUUGUCCGUCAGCUCGUAGCUUUCAUCCGUAAAAGAGAUAGAAGAGUGCAGGCUCAUCGAAAACUUGUGGAAGAACAGAACGCAGAGAAGGCGAGGAAAGCCGAAGCAAUGAGGCGGCAGCAGAAGCUAAAGCAGGCCAAACUGGCAGAGCAGUACAAAGAGCAGAGCUGGAUGACGGUGGCCGAUUUGGAGAAGGAGCUCAGGGAGAUGGAGGCGCAGUAUGAAAAGGAGUUUGGAGAUGGAUCAGGUGAAGAUGAAGCGGAAGAACGGGAACUCCAAGACGGACAGGAUGGUAAAGAUGGUGACGAGGCUGAGGAUGCAGAACUUUAUGAUAGCCUUUACUGCCCAGCAUGUGACAAAUCUUUCAAGACGGAAAAGGCCAUGAGGAAUCAUGAAAAAUCAAAGAAGCAUCGGGAAAUGGUUGCCUUGUUAAAACAACAGUUGGAGGAGGAGGAAGCAAAUUUUUCAGGACCUCAAACUGAUGAAAACAGUCUGGAUGCCAAUUCUGAGGAAGAAACGGAGGAUGCACCAAAACAAAAACUUUCUAAAAAACAGAAGAAAAAGAAACAGAAACCAGCACAGAAUUAUGAUGAUAAUUUCAAUGAAAAUGGAACUGGAGAAGCAGUAAAGGUUGAUCCAGAAGAUAACAGCCUAAAUCAAGGCAGUGCCAAAGGAUUGGAAGAUAUUCCCCAGGAAAAUGUCAGUGUUACAGAGACUGUGGAACGGUGUGAUGACCCCAAAAGUGAAGCUAAAAGUGUUUCUAAACCCAAAGGAAAGAAAGCCAAAGAUACUAAAAAAUCUGUCAGAGUACCUGCUGAACUACAGACAGUGAGUGAUGUUCUUAUCAGCUGUACAACCUGCCAUAGUGAAUUUCCAUCCCGGAAUAAACUUUUUGACCAUCUAAAGGCCACAGGUCAUGCAAGAGCACCUUCAUCAUCAUCUUUAAACAGUGUAACAGAUAGUCGAAGCAAAAAAGAGAAACGUAAAAACAGAUAGAAAUCCUGCCAGUGCUUUUUCUUUUUGAUUGUCUCUAGAUUUUGACACCAAAAACUGAACUGAAAUCAUCUAAAGAGUUAAAAUUUCAGUCAUCUGCAAUUUAUUGCAUUGUGGGAGAUUAUUUUUAUCUUGUAGAAACGUUUUUUUUGUUUAAUAUAUAUUUUUUAAACAUUUCAUUGGUGAUUGAAUUCUACUUUUGCCAUCUGAAUUGACUUGAAUGUCUCAGAACAGAUUGGCAAAAGGCAAAAAGUCUCACAAGAUCAAGUGUUGGUGAGAAUGGAGAAAUGGGAACAAUUGCUUCAGUUUGAUCGUGGCUAUGAAAGUUGAAGACGUACCCCCUGACCUGACAACUCCAGGGGUAUACUAGAGUCUCACAGUGUCUGCAGAGGCACAGCAUGGGCUCUACCUGAGGACUGUCACCCAGGUCCCACUCCUGACCUGCUGGGUGAGAAUUUGCAAUUAACAAGACUUCUCAGGUGACUCGCAUGCUUCUUGCAUCUUGAGAAGCAGUGCUCUCAGGAAUCCAGGCGCCUGUGGACAAGGAGACUUAGUGGCUGAUCACAGCUGAAUUGCUUGUAUCUGGGAAAAGAUGGAGAUGGACCCUAAAUCUCCAUGAACAAGAAAGUGGAUAAAUUGUAUAAUGGACAAUAAGAUGGCAAACAAGCAGUUCAAAUGAGUGAACUGGAUAUGUAAUACCAAUGGCUAGCCUUAAAAAAAUACUGAAUGAAAACAAGCUGUCAGAAGGUGACAUGUAUGCCACUUAUAUAUAGUUUUUUUAAAGUACUGUUGUUAUUUAUAGAGAGAAAAUAUAGAACCAUCAAUGGGAAACACAUCACUCAGAAAAGUAUUUGCCUCUGGAAACGGAGGGAGAGGGGUGGAAUGGGGGCGUGGCAGCAAAGGGGCCUUAUCUGAGGCAAGACUUCUAAUUAAGAUCUGAAGGAAGAUGUUAGCAUUAAUUCUGGGUGGUGGGUAAUGAGGGUUUAUCACUCUGCUAACAUGUUUUCAUGAAAUACUUCAAAUAUCCAGAGAAAUACAAAUUAAUGUUCCAUUUUUUGUUAAUAGAAAAUACACUUGCACGAAAGGGGAGAUAAAGGUUUUCAGGUCUACAUUUUAUUCCUAGCAUAUUCCAUAAGCUCACUGUGGCAGAGGCUGUUACUUGUUUCUCUCAAUAUUCAUUCUCCCCUUCUUCCUUAUAACUCUGAUUUUUGAUUGGGCACAAAGCCACCUAAAAUUUUACCUUCCUAGCCUCCCUUGCAGCUAGGAGUCUGUAAGUUCUGGUCAGUGAUCUGAGCAACUUUGGGGACAUGUCCUGAAAGAUGUGGGAUGUCCUUAUUCCUUCCUCCGCCAGCUUCAGUGAACGGGUAGGUAAUGGUUGGCGCUCUACCCCUGUCUGGGACCAUGAAUCCUCACAGGGCAGAGAAACUGAAGCCUAGGAGCUUCCAUCCUUGACAUGUAGAGGGACCCUAUAAGCCCCAGACAACCUCCUUCUGCAUUCAAGAGAAAUAAAACUCCUGCAUUACUGAA